AUGUCAAACAGAACAAUAUGUGACCGUGACACACCGGACCCCUGGAUGAUAGCGGCCAACAACCGCUUCUACUUUACCUUCACCUGCGGCAACCGCAUUGAGCUGUGGGCUUCGCAACAUCUCGAGGAUUUUCGACAUGCUCAGACACAAAAGUCGACAAUUUGGGCUCCUGCCAAAGACUCACCCUGGUCAUGCGAUGUGUGGGCCCCUGAGAUACAUCUCCUGAACGGAACCUGGUACGUCUACUUCUGUGCCGCGCAGCCAGGCAAGGGCAAUGCCUCUCACCGCACACUCGUACUGCGGUCUUCCAAUCCCGACCCUAUGGAUCCUGCUGCAUGGCACUUCGUCGGCCCCAUCAAAGGCCUGCCUGAUCACUGGCACAUAGAUGCCACAGUAUUUCAGCUGGGUCAUCAGCUCUACUGCUGCUACAGCGGAUGGCCGUUGGGGGACCACAGCGACACCCAACAGGACUUGUUCGUCAUCAGGCUUGCUUCGCCAGAGGUAGCCAUUGCCGAGACUCUCACAUGUAUAUCGCGCGCUUCUCUCGCAUGGGAGCGGCCAGAAGGGGGGCGCCGCGGCGUCAAUGAAGGUCCAACGUGGCUGUCACUACCCGGCUUCCAGGGUAUCGUCUACAGCGCGAACGGUUCCUGGACCUGUGAUUAUCAGCUUGGCAUCGUGGCAUUAGUCGGCGCUGACCCUUGCCAGGAGAGCUCAUGGCAGAAAAGGCAUACGCCUCUGCUUGUCUGCGACAAGGAAAAGGGGCCUUUCGGACCGGGACAUGCUAGCUUCGUCCAUUCUCCGUACAAUGAUGGCCGAGUCUAUUGCAUCUAUCACGGCACCGAGCGAAGAGAUGAAGGUUGGGCGAACAGGAAAGCCCGUGUCUUGAUGAUGGGUCCAGAGGCGUUCCACCCUCAUGCACCUCCCCUCUGUUGUGCCACGGGCUGGCCAGUACAACAGAGCGGUAUGCCGCAUGCGCAUCACGGGAACCCUGGAACAGGUAAUCAGAACAACCCGCUGAUUCCGCAACUGCCCUUUGGACUUGGGAAAUAUCAGGAUAAACUGAUGCAGAAGUUCAAGUUUUGA